AUGAGAAGCAUAUCAUCUUCGUAUCGCUUCGCAUCUAUCGCAGGCGACACGUCGGGCGUCCGAUAUCGCUACUUUUCGGCCGCACAAAAUCCACACUUUUCGCAUCAACCAUCACAUUCAACUGUAACACCUAGUGUAUCUACAUACACGUAUCAUUCGGAUCAGAAUUUAGCGCCAAGAAAGUCACUAGAGCUUCAUUAUGGUAGCAUUCGUAAAAGCUGGAGACAAUAUAUGGACACAUUGGCCACUUUUCCUAAAAUACAGCAAUUUGUGCUUGAAGCAGCGAGCUUGUUUACUAAACCAGAAGAAUUGGAGUUUUCCUUACCUAGAACGUUUGACUCGAAGUAUAAACUUGGAGAUAAAUUAGGUGAAGGGGCUUUUGGUCAAGUCUUUUGUGCGGUGCCAACGCAGCAGGAGACCCGAGGGUGCGAAUUGCAGCUUGAUUUGGCAGUCAAAGUUGUAUCGAAAUCUCGUGUCAUAAGUCGCAAGGACUAUGCGGCAUUGAAACAGGAAAAACGUAUGAUGAUGCUUUUGGGUGGAACUUUAAAUGUUGUGCACUUUUUUGGAGCUUAUGAAGAUGAUAUCAAUGUCUACUUGGUCAUGGAGCGGUGUGUUGGUGGUGAUGCAUUAGCACGAAUAUCAGAUAUUGAGAAUCUUCAGUGUCACGAAGAUCAGGCAAAAAUAUACAUGAGAGACAUUCUCCACGUAGUUUGGCAGUGCCAUUUGCUGCGUAUUCUUCACCGAGAUAUUAAACUUGAAAACUUUUUGUUUGCAGAUGGAAAAGUUGAUAGUCCGUUAAAACUCACAGAUUUCGGUGGUGCAGCGUUUUUAAAUAAAGGUGAAUUUCUUCAGGAUGUUCAUGGUACACCGAUGUAUACAGCACCAGAGGUUCUUAAGCGUAAAUACGCGUUCCCAUCUGAUCUUUGGAGUUGCGGAGUCAUUUUAUAUCGUCUAUUAAGUGGACGCUUUCCAUUUGAACCUGGACCGCUGCUUGAUGAGCGUAUUCAAUACGAUGAUAUCGAUCUUGAGAGUGCACCAUGGACUGACAUUUCAAACGAAGCGAAAAAUUUGGUACGCCAUCUCUUAGAACGAGAUGUUUCGAAACGAGUCACACCAGAGGAGGCACUUCAACACCCAUGGUUAGCUACAAGUGCUGGAUUAGUGACGGCUUCUGCUGCCGGUAAAGAAGCCACUAAAGGUCUUUCUGGGCCAGUUCUUAACGGAACACUUGUGCAGCGAUUGCAACUUUACCGAUCACUGAAUAGUUUGCAACGGGCCGUUUUGAUUGAAGUGACGCGAAUGCUGCCUCUCGCAAUGAAGCAGGACGUGCUCGUGCUUUUCUCUGAAGUGUCGCAAAAUGGCAGCGAAAAAGUCGGUCUGGACGAGUUUGCAGCGUACGUGGCUGCUGGUGGUUACCACCUCACAAGAGGCGAAGCAAAAGGGUUUUUGCGAAAUUUGGAUCUCGACGGCGAUGGAAAACUAUCACGUCACGAAUUUUGCGCUGCUUUGCUCCAUUGGUCUCAUCUUCAAACUCAACACUCGAAAGUUUUUCUUUACUGUGCAAAUCGAGUAUUUGAUUCAAUUGAUCGAGAUAAAGAUGGUUUGUUAAACAUUCAAGAUAUAGCCACACUGGUGCCUUUUCAGGAAACUGGUAAGUUCUUGCAUUCAUUUCGGAACGAUCUCGACCGCUGCUUCCAGCACACUGACCGAUCAGGCAAAGGAAAAAUCGAUCAGAUUGACUUUCAACACAUGCUACGCAUCUCUGAUGAAGCGUACAACCAUUUUCCAUCAAGACUUAGGCUCUAG